AUGUCUGCAAGCACUUGGGCCAUCCAGCCUCAAGACAGAGAACGCGUCAUUAAGGCGGCGAUUGAAGCCAAGGGAUUUGCUUACAGCCCUUACUCCAAGUUCAGAGUAGGCGCCGCUUUCAUCACGACUACAGGAGAGAUCAUCAAAGGGUGCAACGUGGAGAACGCGUCCUAUGGUGGCACGAUCUGCGCAGAGAGAACCGCGAUUGUCAAGGCCGUGAGCGAGGGCACACGCUCGUUUACCGCGCUCGCGGUCACCAGUGAUGUCCCGUCUACCAUCUCUCCCUGCGGCAUCUGUCGCCAGGUCAUCCGCGAGUUCUGCGCGCAGGCGAUGCCCAUCUACCUCGUUCCCGCAGACUACGAUAAGCGCAUAUCUGACGGAGCCGCCGACGGCGGGGUCCUGGAAACCAGUAUCGCCGAGUUGCUCCCUUACGGAUUUGGCCCGGAGGACUUGGAGCGUCCUAGGCAACAGUGA